ACAUUGUUCAUCUCGUUUGAGCUGAAUCACAGCUCAGUUCCUGUGAAAAUUCUUGUGCAUCUUUACUCAGAUGUGAGUUUAAGAGUAUAGAAAGAUGUUACAUCUUUAUUGCCUGAUUGUGCUAGCAGUCGCGUCUUCAUUCGCAAAGCAUGUACAUCACUAUGGAGAACCAAGGAUGGGAAUAGCGAAUCCAAUAUGUGAUGAUGCAAAGGUGCAUCUAGAUGUUGAUUGGGAUGGAGAUGCUUUAGACUACACAUGUCCCUCACAUUAUCAUUGGCCAAUUGUUGAGUCCAAGCCAUUAAUUUAUUGUCACCCGCCAGGAACAAAGGAGCCUUCUAGACACUACUGCAUGCACACCAAGUUGGAAUAUGACGAGGAACCACCUCUAAGUGGGAAUCAUCGACCCCUGUGGCCUAAAUAUGGUGAAUACAGAUAUGUACCACCACAAAGAUGGGUCCAUAAUUUAGAGCAUGGGGGAGUUGUUCUUCUCUACCACCCAUGCGGCAGUCGUGCAGAGCUGGCCAUUUUAAAAUCUGCAUUACGGUCUUGCCUGCGCCGCCAUAUCAUCACACCAUACAACAAGCUUACCAAAGAAUAUCCAUUCGCCAUGGUUACGUGGGGAUGCAAGCUCAGUUUGUCUCAUGCAGAUGUGUAUGUGGCGAAGGCCUUCAUAAUGGCACAUGCCAAAAAAGGCCCAGAAGAUCUUGGUAAACCUGGACAAUUUGAUGACCAGCUGCUUCUGCCGGCAAAGGUGGUGCCUGGUUCCGACUUCAAUGAUACCAUCAUCUGCCCAGUAAAUGAUGAAUAUACAGAGGUUGGCGACUAUUCCUAUGGAGUGACAAACCAGGGUAAAGAGUCUGUUAUGGGCAAUGACCUAUCAAGAAUCUUUUUUGAUCUUGCGGAGAUGUUGGAGAGCAACUAAUUCAGCAAACUGGUGAAUACUCGUGGAGCAACAAAUCGGGGUAAAGUGGCUCCUCCCAGUGGCUUGUCUUUCUUGAUGUUAUAUAUGUUUAUGUAUUUGAGGGAAACUAAUUCUAUCGAUCAGUCACAAAGGAUUACAGCUGCUGCUGAAGGUAUACUGAUUUUUCACAAUGUUAUCAAAGUUGUCAGUGUGAAUAUGAACAUGUCUUUACAUUGUAUAGAUAUUUUCAUAGCAUCUAUUUAUAUAUAUGGCGCUUGUCCUACUGCUGCUGCUACUGCGAUGCACUUGGUCGUGAUUGGUCGAGACUGGUGCAUGCGCCGUAACCCCGUACGCCCGCAUCACUUGGUCGAUAUUACUGGUGUAUGCGCCCGCGUACCAGUACUACACCAUGCGAUACGCUUUAUCGAUCAUACGACAUCAUGGUUCCAUCUUCUGGGAAUUUGUCUCGGCUCUCAAGCGGGGCAUUAUUCCGACUUUUAACCGCGCCUCGUCAACGCUGCGGAUUUUGUAAAUGUGAAAUGUAAUACGACCACAGGUACAUGAACUGCUUAAAAAUAUGUUAAAGCGAGUUCUGACUUGCAAGUACUUUCACAGAUUUUAUUUUUACAAAUGACUUGCAAGCUACUUCAGUGUUAAUUAAUUCACCUAUGCCAUUGUACAUAUUAAAAACAGUGAGUGAAUUAAACUGCAUUAUUAUAUACAUAAAGUUUUUUUAUCAAGUUCUUGAU